AAGGUCACAAAACAAAAUUCUUGACUCGUUAGCAGCAUUUUGGAUGUAGUUAUAUGUCAUGAAGUUGAUCGCUAUCAGUCAGCAAACACUAACUUGGCAUUCUUGCGUUGACUUGUUUUUGUUUUCUGUUUUUAUUUGUUGUUUACUGACUUAUAUUUGGCUGCGGACUUCUCCUUUCGAACCAAUAUGCAUAGCCUUACUUAACUGGAUGAACCGACUCAUUUUCCGGUAGUUUACUUUUCUUUUUUGCAUCCUGCAUGGUAUUUUCAAGUCCUGGAUUGAAUUUUCAUAUCGAAUAAUGGUAUUUACUGAUUUUCGCAUGUUUCAUGAAUGCAGCACCACUCUCUUCCCUGCCACCAGUUUAAGCCACAGGUGGCCAGUUAUUAGCUGAAUGAAAAACGGGUUUUGUCGGCCUCUUAUGCAAAUUUAAUAGUCAGUUUUCCUUUAAAGUUCCCAAAAGCCCUAGUCAGCUAACGAUAACGGAUUGCUAAAGGAUUGCUGAGCAGAAGACGUGAUAUCUGGGCUCGACAGGUCAGGUCUGAGACAGUAAAGGCGCACAGUUUGACAGACAUGGAGGCUCAACUUUCACUCUGACAACAUCUUUAUUUACAAAUGCCCACGAUGGCGUCUGUUAUGGAGGAUCCGACCCUGGAGAGACACUUCAAGGGGCAUAAAGAUGCUGUUACCUGUGCAGACUUCAAUCCAAAUCGCAAACAACUGGCCUCAGGGUCAGUGGAUAAGUGCCUGAUGAUCUGGAAUCUGGCUCCAAAGGCAAGAGCUUUCCGCUAUGUUGGCCACCAAGAUUUGAUCACCGGGGUGCAGUUCUCCCCCUCCGGUAACCUGGUGGCCACCUCCUCCAAGGACAGAACGGUUCGACUCUGGACUCCUUCCAUGAAAGGAGAGUCGACAGUGUUCAAAGCCCACACGGCGGCUGUACGCAGCGUGGCGUUCUCCCAGGACGGACAGAGACUAGUGACGGCGUCUGACGACAAGUCUGUUAAAGUGUGGAGCGUUCACCGCCAGUGCUUCGUCUUCUCUCUCAACCAGCACACCAACUGGGUGCGCUGCGCCAGGUUUUCUCCAGACGGGCGGCUGAUAGCGUCCUGUGGAGACGACCGGACCAUCCGUCUGUGGGACACGUCCACAAAACACUGCAUCAACUGUUUCACCGACUCUGGAGGAUCAGCAACGUUUGUAGGUUUCAACUCAAAUGGAACCUGUAUCGCCUCCUCCGGAGCUGACAGUUCACUGAAGAUCUGGGACCUACGGACCAACAAGCUGAUUCAGCAUUAUCAAGUCCACAGUGCAGGAAUCAACAGUUUCUCCUUCCACCCGUCCAACAACUACCUGAUCAGCGGCUCCAGUGACAGCACUGUUAAGAUCCUGGACCUGGUGGAGGGACGCCUCAUCUACACCCUCCAUGGACACAAGGGUGCUGUAACCACAGUAGCCUUUUCUAGGGAAGGAGACCUCUUUGCCUCGGGGGGAGUCGACGCUCAGGUGCUGAUGUGGAGGACAAACUUUGACUCUAAAUGCUACCAGGAGGUCCUGCAGCAGCACAGCCGGAGGUCCAGCCCUGAUCCCCCUCCCCACCUGACGGACAUCCACCCCAGAGGACCUCACCUCCACCUCCCACAGCCCAGAGCCAUUCAGGUCAGUCCAACAGUAGCAGACACUCAAUCGACUGAUCCACACGUCAUCGAGCUGGGACAGUCUCUUCACAGCACCACGCUCUUAAACGGUCAAACACACUUGACGCCCACGCAGGCCGCCGCCACCGGCCGCCACUCCAACGGUUUGCCGGCGCGUCGCAUGGCCGGCCCGAGAGUGGGAGGAUGGACGGGAGACGAGAGUACCGGCGGAGCAGGUGUGACUGUUUCCAGCCAGACAGGGGACGGCGGGGGAGGAAGAGGAAGGCGAGAGGAAGAGGAGAGAGGGCGGACGCACACACUGGAAGUCCUCUCCGGUCAUCCGUCCUGUCUGGACUCGACCCUGCACCACAUUGUUCAGCAGCUGGAUAUUCUCACGCAGACUGUUUCAGUGCUGGAGGAGCGUCUCACCCUGACUGAGGACAAGCUGAAGGAGUGUCUCCUCAACCAAUCCCAGAUUCUCAAGGAUGUGCGAUCGUCUGGAGAGAGACGAGGGACGGACAGCGAGGACACGGACGGAUCACCUGUCCAAUUCACUUGAGGACGACCUCGCCCUCGCUCACACUGACACACACACAGUUUAUAGAGAGAGUUUACACAGCUGAACCCAAAGACUCUGCACACUGUGUGUGUGUGUCUGUGUCUGUGUCUGUGUGAGUGUGUUUGUGUGUGUGUGUGUGUGUUUGUGAGUGUGUGUCUGUGUGUCUGUGUCUGUGUGUCUGUUUGAGUGUCUGCGUCUGUGUGUCUGUGUGUUUGUGAGUGUGUGUGUGUGUGUGUGUCUGUGUGUGUGUGUUUGUGUGUGUGUGUGUUUGUGAGUGUGUGUCUGUGUGUCUGUGUCUGUGUGUCUGUGUGAG